GUGUUAAUCUAUGAUUUAUAUUGUUGAUGCGUUGAUGGUUUGAAUGGUUAUGGUUAUCUUGUACGUUUAAUGUAUUAUUGAUUAGCGUUUAUAAUUAAAAUUUGGUAAUAAUGGUUAGUACUAGUAGUGAAGCCUGUUAAAAACCAUUUUCUUUUUCACCAAGAAGGAUACCAUGCACAAUUUUUUGUAUCUCUAACGAUAUUAGUGUUGAUUUAUUUACUAUAUCUACUUAACCUGUAAAAAAUGGCUAGAAAAAGUAGUGGUUCAGAAUCGGAAGAAAAGGAGAAGAAGAAAGAAAGAGUCCGCGACAGAAAAAAAUCCGAUUCUGCUUCAAGUAGCAGUGAUAGCAGUCGAAGUUCUUCAGAGUCAAGCUCCUCUAGUGGAUCAAGAUCCUCUAGCAGUUCAAGUACUGGAAGUUCAUCACGUUCCAGCAGUUCUUCUUCAGACUCGUCUUCAUCUAGCAGUGACAAUAACCGCACUCGUCCGAAAAGAAGUAAAGCAACAGUACGAAAAAGCAGAGAGAAAGAAAGAAAAGAUAAAGACCAUGAGAAAGACAAGUCUAAGGACAAAGACAAGACCAAGGAAGUUUCAAGAGAUAAGGAAAAGGACAAAGAAAAGGAAAAUCGCAAGCCUUCUAUACCACGUGACGACAGAGCGAAGCGUUCAAAGUCUCGUUCGAGGUCAAGAUCUCGUCGUAAGAGGAGGCGCCGUUCACCUACCCCUAGACCUACGAAGAUCCACAUAGGUCGUUUGACUCGUACUGUAAAUAAGGAUCACAUCAUGGAAAUUUUCAGUACAUAUGGGACAGUAAAGAACGUUGAAUUCCCCAAGGACCAUUUGCACCCUCACAUAGGCAGGGGUUAUGCCUAUGUCGAAUUUUCUACACCGGAUGAGGCAGAAAAUGCCAUGAAACACAUGGAUGGAGGACAAAUUGAUGGACAGGAAAUAACUGCCGCCCCCGUUCUUAUCCCGAAACCAAGACCUUUACCUCCCAAGCGAAGCCCCUUACCGAUACGUCGGCCCCCAAUGCGCCGCAGUCCACCGAGAUUUCGGAGACGUUCCCCAUUCCGACCCCCAAGAAGAAGUCCUCCGAGACGCAGACCGCACUCGAGAAGUCCGCCCCCUCGACGUCGCAAGCGCAGUCGUUCUAGCUCAAGUAGUUCUCGGUAAUUCACUGAUUAAUAAAACAAAAAUUUGGUAUUGAAUGAUAAUAAUUAAUUAGAGAUAUAUGUUCACUUUUGUCCGCUUUUUUUUGCUGGGAAAUUCCUUCCCAUGAAAUACAUAUUAUUUAGAUUAGACAAUGCUUAAUUACAAGUAAUAUUAUAUUUUUAACUUUUAAUGUAUUGUAAUUGAUGUUUGUGUGAAAUUAGAAACUGUACGUUUUGUAAGAGAAUUAAAAAAA